AUGCAGGCCAACUUUCUCGUGAAGAAACAUGUGGAAAGAGCAGACGAAGAAGUACUAGUGUACACUGUACAGAAGGGCAGAAUCCAGCAAUUAUUACAGGUGUAUCGUUUGCGAAACAUUUACCAGCCAGGACCUGCUUUCUUGCACGUCGUUGUGAAUGGUAUUCCGAGCAAUGGCUCUUAUGUUAUCAUUGGAAUGCUACCGGCCAGUGUUAACAACACCGACGCCCAAGGUUCUGCCGAUGGCUCUACAACGUCAUCAAGUGGUGACCAAAAUAGUAGUUCCAAGACUAAUACUGCUGCCGUUGUUGGCGGGGUUGUCGGUGGAUUGGUCGUCUUGGGCAUACUCGGUGCGCUUGCCAACCGUCAGUCUACGUUGUCGUAUGUGAUGCGAGAUUGUCCCAGGUUUGGAGCUUCUUUAAGUGCUGGCGCUGGUGCUGGUAGGACGGAUAAGGCCUUGCGGAGUUCUGACUCUAGUGCCUUUAUCCCAUUACAGCACGCAUAUAACCAAAACGAAUCAUGGAGUUCGAGCACAGCAAGUCUACAAGCGCUGUAUCAAGAUCAAUAUGAAUCACACAAUCGCAACGGGACGAGCAUGGGCUACGAUCCAUUCCGAGUCCUGGCUCGGAUAUGCCACGCCCUGCGAUGGCCCACCACUUCAUAUGCUGCUGAAUCGACUCGGAGGAUGAGUACAAGUACACCUGUUGGGCAGCCACAUAGAUAUUGAUUGAUGACGGAGGCAAGAGUGCGUUCACGGUAUGUCUCCAGUGGUAUUAGAUGCGGACUUGACAGUUCCAUGGAUUUUUCUCUCUCACUUUCCACGUGUUAUUUUUAUCCUUAUUACCUUCCACGUCACUGCAUACCUUCACCUGCUCAUAUUUAAAAUCUUGUUAAUUUCUUAGAGCAGGCUGUGCACGCAACGCAAGUCCAUUGCAUUUCGUACCCUGAGGGUACUGUGGCCACUCUUUCGUUCCUGUCGUGCUCUUUGUAUAUCGGCAUCUUUCUGUUUAUGUGCGGACCUCAUACGGACUGGUGUAGUUACUUCUUCAUAGUGCACUCAGGACCAACACGCUCCCUUUUCAUCAGCAUCAUUUUGACGUUCGAUAUUCAAUAGCCGGGAUCAACGGU